GCAGCUUGGCUCUGUGACAUGAUUGGAUAAGAAGACCAUCAAGCCUCCUUAUUGAUGCCAUUACUUCCUGUUUGCAAGGAAUGCACCUCCCUCCCAGCUGUCCUUAGCAGUCACGUGGUACAGUGUCACCGCCUUGAUGUUAUGCCGGAUAGGAAGCUGACUGUGCCUAACCUGACUAGUAUUCUUCCGCCGCUGCUGCUACUGCAGUAGGAGAGUUGGUGCAUAAGGAGGGGAAGGGUAAGCUUCUCCUAAUUCACUUUGGGCUUUGCAGGAAAAUGUGUGAAGUUGAGCUCACCACUCGUGCUUAUGUCAAGAUGUUUCUACACACAGCACGUUACCCUCACAGUACCGUGUGUGGGGCUCUCCUGGGUCACAAAUCACAACAUGGAUGUGUCGUUCUGAGUGACUGUGUCCCAAUCUGUCACCUUUAUCUGCCUUUGUCUCUCAGUUUAGAAGUGGCUCUAACACAGAUCGAUUCAUGGAGUGCUCUCCAAGGACUGGUAAUUGCUGGUUAUUACCAAGCAAACUCUGGCCUGAGAGACACCAGUCUCAGUUGCACUGCAAUACGAUCAGCAUCCCUCAUAGCGGAGUACCAAGAAGAUGCUGUGUUAAUAUUGCUGGAUAAUGAGCGUAUGACACUGAAUCCUGGAAUUCCCCCACUAACAGUCCUGCAUCAAAACAGCAAUAAGCAGUGGGUUCCAAAGGAGAAGACAUUGGUCAUGUGGGGUCACUGGGAAGAGACCCAAAGAAUCACCAGGCAGCUCAUGCAAGCUAAGGCUUACAACAAAUUAGUUGACUUUGACACUCAUCUCGAAGAUAUCAGAGCUGACUGGACCAAUCAAGAACUAAACGUCGAGAUAGCACAUCUGGCAGCAGCUGCCAAUGGCAGUGCAUGAACUUCAGAUUUUGUAGGAGUGGAUCAGUCUGUUACAGGGCUUCCAGUUUUUGGACAUGAAAGAGCAUACACCAAGUGUAUACCUAUAAAUGUAAAUAUAAGUUAUUAGUAUG